GAGCUGAGGUGGCCGGGCGGGGUGCGGGGGUGCUGCGGGAGUGGCCCCGCUGCCCAUCGCUCCCCGCCCCGCGGGGGCCGCCCGGGCAGUGCCGGGGAGACCCGCGAUGGGCUCCGGCCGCUGCCGCUCGCUCCUGCCCGCGCUGCUGCUGCUGCUGGUGCUGCUGGUGCUGCCCUCGGCGUGGGGUGACUGUGGGCCCUUGCCCAAUAUCAGCCACGCAGAGCCCACAGAGGACAUGAAAGACAAGCAGAGCUUCAGUGAGGGCUCCACGGUGAGGUAUGUCUGUGUCACAGGUUACACCAAACGCCCCUUCCUCUCCGACACCGUCCAGUGCCUCACGAACUCCCAGUGGUCCCACCUCCCGGAGUUCUGUGGCCGUAGCUGUCCCAGCCCUCCAUAUGUGCCAUUUGCUAAAAUAUCACAGGAAGAUCAAACACAGAAUUUUUAUCCUGUUAAUACCACGGUGAAGUACAUUUGUCGCCCAGGCUUUGAGAACACCACAGACCAGCUCCCCACCAGCACCUGUCUGGACAACUUAAAGUGGUCAGAAGUCCCUGAGCUGUGUAGGAGGAAAUCUUGUGGUAUUCCAGCAAGUCCAGAACAUGGCAAAGUUAUUACAGAUGAUCAUCUGCUCGGUGCAAAAGCCACUGUGGCCUGUGACCGUGGGUACAUCCUAGAGGGAGGGUCAGCUUUCAUCUUUUGUACCCUAUGGGGAAAUGAAGUUGUCUGGAGUCAACUUCCAGCUUGUCAGGCUAUUUCUUGUCCUCCUCCUCCAGCCAUUCCCCAUGGGCAGCACGAUGGCAACAGCACAGAGAAGUUCCUGUAUGACUCAGUCACCACCUACAUGUGUGACCCCGGGCUGGAGCUCGUGGGGAACAAAUCCCUCCGUUGUACAACAGAGAACGGGGUCCUUGGAGUCUGGGAUGGGGCUGCUCCCGAGUGCAGGGUUAGCACUGCAGCAGAGACAAACCAAACUGGAUCCUCCAAAGGGAAUCCUUACUGGCUGGCAAGUAUCCUCAUCCCUAGUUGCAUUGUUCCCCCAGUAGCCCUUGGAAUUCUAGCUGGGAUCAUCAUGAGGUGGAAAGACAAUGAAAAACACUCUUAUAACAUGAAUUUACAAAAGCACAGGGUGAAGAAGGGAAGGGAUGCACCGAUGUGCCCGAAGAAGCAGCCCAUGCCAUGGAAUUCCUAUUUUUGCCACACAACGAGUUGCCACGUGUGUCCCACCUGCAGGAAGCAGCUGCACGAAGCCCUGGCCCCUCUCACGGUGCCCACGCGCCGCGGCUGCGCCGCCUGCGAGCACUGGCUGAGCACCAGCAAACCACGCACCUACUCGGUCCCCAGCAUUGGUGACAGGGAGAGCCAAGGCCCAAGAGGCACCAGCUCUCCUGCCAAAGCUGUGGAUGUGCAGAGGGGUCACGGUGCAGGAGAAGCUGGUCCAGAGUGGAGUGAGGCAGAGCAGCCCGUGGGCCACAAAAGCAGCCACCACAUCUGCCCCGUCUGUGAGAACUGGCUCCGUGCCCACGUUGGACAGUGGGACAGCAGUGCUGUGGCACCCAGGGAGUGGCAGGAUGAGGGCCCGCGGGGCCCCGUCUGCUCUCCCUGCACGGACCAGCUGCACCUCUCCCUUGUCCACAGCGCCACGUGGAGCAGUCCUGUGGUGUGUCCCCUGGCUGCAGAGGGGACCCCAGCCCACCUCGUGCCUCAGCACACCCCCAGCUGCCACGUGUGCCCCGUCUGUGCGGUGCCAACCCACACACACUUGUGCCAGCCCCGGCACCAGGCACCCGAUGAAAACGGCAGCGCCCUGGGAGCCGCCGGAACAGGUGAGGGAAUUGUUUCGGGAAUUAGCCGAGGUGCCGCCGCCCACAGCGCCGGGGGCACAGAGGACACGAGGCACUCGUUUCCCUCAGCAGCCCGAGGAAAAGAGUCCCUUCGUGCAACAGCCGCGACAGGGAUCCGCGUCCGCCCCGGGGAGAGCCGCGCUCCGCAUCCCUGCGCAUCCCGCGGGGCCGGCACCGGGAGGGACCUGGCACCGGGAGCGGCUCCGGGAGCGGCCCCAGCUCCGGCCAUGGCUCUGCGCUGGCUCUUGGCGCUGCUGCUGGCACUGCCCGGCGCUUGGGGGGACUGCCCGCAGGCGCCGACUUUCGUCUUUGCGGAGCUCACCACGACCCCCGAGGAAUCCUACCCCGUGGGGACCCAGCUGAGGUACCGCUGCCGCCCGGGGUACGUGAGGAACGGGGACCAGGCCCCCGUGGUCACUUGCCUCCUCAACUCCACCUGGUCGGAGCAGCCCGACUUCUGCAUCGGAAAGUCGUGUGGGCAACCAGACAUCUCGAAUGGCAACUUUUACACCAGCACCAAUCUGCUGCUUGGGGCGACCAUAACCUUCACCUGUAACAUUGGGUACCGACUAGUUGGGCCACCAACUGCACAGUGUGUAUUUAAAAAUGGUGAAGCUUACUGGGAUAACAUUCCAAUCUGUGAGAUUAUUGCCUGCCCACCACCUCCUGAAAUCAAGAAUGGGCAGCUCCUUGGUGGGGAAGGAGAAUUCACCUUUGGCACGUCUGUAAGUUACAGCUGUAACACUGGUUUGUCUCUUAUUGGAGAUGUCACAAUUUACUGUACAAUGGGUCCUAACUACCAGGGAACCUGGAAUGCUCCAGCCCCUGAAUGCAAAAUGGUCAGCUGUAAAGAUCCAGACGUGAAAAAUGGGAAAAGGUUGUCUGGCUUUGGCCUUGAGCACACAUAUAAAGAUACAGUGAGCUUUGAGUGUAAUCCUGGUUAUAAAAUGAACGGUAGUAGUGUAGUUACCUGUGAAGCAAACAGUUCCUGGACUCCACCUCUGCCAACAUGUGACCAAAUCCGCUGUGGUUCCCCUCCACGCUUCCCUUUUGCUGAACUACCAACACCUGUGGGUGACAGCUCUGACUUUGGAACCAAGCUGGACUAUCAGUGUAACCCAGGAUAUAAGGCAGCACCUGGAAAGUCCUCUACUGUCAUUUGUCAGAGUAAUGAGGCCUGGUCUGCUGCAGACCCAGACUUCUGUGUCCGACAGCAAUGCUCUCCUCCCGAAGUAAAGAACGGGAAUGUGGCUGGAAACGAAAAAACUUUCCCCUUUGAAACAGUUGUGAAGUUCACCUGCAAUUCUGGGUAUAAGGUAAUAAACCCUUCUGCCAAAUGUGUGGCAUCAGGAAAUGGAGUUCACUGGGAUCCAGCACCUCCCUACUGCUCAAGAGCGAACAUGAUCGUUGUUGGAAUCUUCCCCCUCCUCCUGGCAAUGCUGAUCAUGAACAUCUAAGUUUGGGAACGGGCGCAGUGAGAAGUGUUGGACUCAAUCAGACUGAUCCCAGUGCUCUGCUUUUCCCUCCUGUGAAACUGGCCCUGGAGCAGCAACCAACAGCCCUUGGCUGGCAAAGCCCAGAUGUUCCAGCUGCUGCCUGGGAAGGACUCACACUCCUGGCUGCAGCUGCAGCACGUUGUGUUGGACACAGCAGCUCGUGGGGCUGGAAUGGAGUGGGAAGCUCUCUGCCACCUGGCUGGAAUGCUGUCCAGAAAUCAAGUGCAGUUAUCCCUCUGUUAAGUCACAAAGAUGCCAAAGACCUUCAGGCUGUAAUAGAGGAAGCUCAAGAAAAUCCUGAGCUUUGGGUACCUCUGCACAUUGGGUUCCUCAGCCCCUCUAAGGUCAUGGUGUGCCUGGUCCUGAUCAGGACUUAUGGGUUUCUGAAGUGUCCUGAGGUGGAAAAUGCUGCCCCUGCUGAGAGGGUUAAAGUGAAUGUCUUCAUGUGAGUGAUACCUCCUUAAACAAAUUGCUUGAAACAAAUGGGAUGUAUAAAUUGGGCAUUAUCUGCGAGCACUGACAGCACUGAAAAUCACAGAAUUGUUAAGGUUGGAAAAGACCUCCAAGAUCAUCAAGUCCAACCUUUGACAAAACACCACCAUAUCAACUGAACCACAGCACUAAUUGCCACGUUGAGUCACUUCAGAUAUUCACAUUCUUCUUCAUAUAAAGCACAGUUGCAGCUGUUACUUCAAGGUGAAUAUGAACUGUUGUGCAACAGCAGGAAUUUUACCUGAGAGAAAAAGUUUCAGUGCUUUUGUAGCAAAGAACAGCUAUUCUGACCCUUCCUGUAGGAACUGGAGGUUUCUGCCCUGGCACUCUCUUUGUGUCGUGUUGAGGCUUCUCCACAAGUACCUCAUGGAAACAGCUCCUGUCCCUGAACUCACUGGAGCUUCUCUGGAAGUGCUGAAGCUCUCAGUGGGCUGAAGGCCCCAGGAAGAAGUGGAGCUGCUCCAGGGUCUGGCCUGGAUGCAGAGCUUGCAGGUGCCACCAAACAUCAGAGUCUCUGCAUAUGAACCUUUUUGCUGCUCAAGUGACCGGUGUGAGGAAUGUCUGAAUUUGCAUUUAAAAAGGAUUUUUCAGGGGGUGCUGUACAGCCUGACCAUCCUGGCUCACACUGUGGGUCAGCUGGUGCCAGCUCACCCUCUGGAUGUCUCAGGGAUUCCGUAGUGCUGGGGAGGAAAAGCAGAUUUUUGGACUCUUGCUCCACUCGUGGCAGGGCUGAGGGGCUCCUGCACAGGGGGGCUCUUGCUGUGAUGCCUCAUCCAAGGUAGGUGCAGAUGAACAUCAAGCCAAAGCCUUCCUGUUCUCCUCCGUGGGGAACAGGACACCAACCCCACACCUUUUGUGCACUUUUCCAUCCUGCCUGACCUGACCUAGUUGUUGUUGUGCUGAGGAUGGUGUGUGAGGGCAGACAGAGGGCAGGGAGGAAGUUGUGGGACCUCACUCUCCUUGUCUAAGCCAAAGGCACAGGCAAAAAUGCCCUUGAUUUGUUUGGCUGAUAGAAGGGCCAUGCUGGAGCCUUGGUGUCCUUUCCUGGUCUGAGCUCAGCCUGGCUAAAGGAUCACUUGAUAAGCUAAAGAGGUGUCAUCUCAUAAAAUAAAUACUGGAAGGUUUCCUGUUUAUAAGGGAAACAAGACUGUGAUGGAAUUUAAACUUGUUAAGCCUGAGACACGCGGACUUUUAGCUGCUGGUAAAGCAAGAUUUUGAGGUUUGGGGUUUUGUCUGCUGCUGAGGUAAGUCACCCAUCUGUGAGCUUCUUGUGAUGCACAGCUGGGAGCAAAACCUGUCUACUACAGACUUUUUGUUUCUCCAUUUUCACCAGUGGUUUCCUGUUAACAGGAACACACAUUUAAUAAGAAGGAAAAAAAUGAACAGCCUUUUCCAUCAACAUGUUAGUCUUGUUCCAAAUAGACCCACGAAGUUCUCUGUUCCCAGCAGAGCACUGUCCUGUUCAGCUGUCACAGGGGCACUGCGAGAUCCUGUUUUCAAGCACUUUCCUGUUGCUAGUUAUUUUUAUUUAUCUCUUACCAUAAGCCAUAUGAGUGACUGGAUGGACAAAACACCCCCUAAAGCCUUUUAUCUUUGGGUUGUGUUUGGUUUUGUUAUUUUAAUCCCAGCACAAUUGUUCCUACUCCAUCAUCCAGAGUGAUUUUUCUGAAUGAUUUAACACUUGAUUUGGGGACCAGCUUGGAAUGAUCUCCCCACAACCAAAUGAAAGGAAUUGUGAAUGCUGUGAUGUAACUUACAGGCAUGGUUGCCAAAAUUUACCAGUGAAGAGGGUUUAUCUACUGUGUUUGUAAUCGAGUUGUACAUGUUUUUACUUUAUAAUCUGAGUGUAAACGACCAAGGGCAAUUCUGAAGUGUGAAUGUUGGACAUGUAAAUAUUGGAAGCUCUCUGUCAAUAAAAGGGAUAAAAAGACUUGA